AUGGCGGAGUCGGUUCUGAAAGGAGAAGAGGGCGGCCAAAGAGUCUGCAGCGAUGCCAUUUGCAGUUUUGUUAUCUGCAAUGACUCCUCCCUUUCUCGACAACCAAUCAUUUUCAAUCCAGACUUCUUUGUUGAGAAGUUGCGGCAUGAAAAACCUGAAGUGUUCACAGAGCUCGUGGUCAGCAACAUCACCCGGCUGAUUGAUCUUCCUGGAGCAGAGCUGGCUCAGUUGAUGGGAGAGGAAGAGCCUCAGCUGCCUGGUGGAACCGGCGUAGCCUCCGGAUUUUUCCGCUCUCUGAUGUCCCUGAAACGCAAAGAGAAAGGGUUGGUGUUUGGUGCUCCGCUGACUGAAGAAGGCAUUGCUCAAGUAUCUCAACUGAUUGAGUAUCUGCACAAGAAUCUACGGAUGGAAGGCUUGUUCCGAGUGCCAGGAAACAGCACCAGGCAGCAGAUCUUGAAAGAAGCCUUAAAUAGUGGGGCAGAGGUUGAUUUGGAUUGUGGGGAGUUUCAUUCCAAUGAUGUUGCCACCCUGCUGAAGAUGUUUCUUGGGGAAUUACCAGAGCCCCUGCUGACCCAUAAGCAUUUCCAUGCACACCUCAAAAUUUCAGAUCUGAUGCAGUUUGAUGACAAGGGUAACAAGACAAGUAUUCCAGAUAAAGAGCGUCAGAUUGAAGCACUGCAGCUGCUGUUCCUAAUCCUACCACCUCCCAAUCGCAACUUGCUAAAGCUGCUCCUGGACCUCCUCUACCAGACUGCAAAGAAACAGGACAAGAACAAAAUGUCAGCUCAUAACCUGGCACUUAUGUUUGCACCGCAUAUUCUGUGGCCUCGAAAUGUGACUGCCAGUGACCUGCAAGAGAAUAUCACCAAGCUGAACAAUGGGAUGACAUUCAUGAUUAAGCACUCACAGAAACUCUUCAAAGCUCCAUCAUACAUCCGGGAGUAUGCCAGACUGUAUUAUUUGGGCUCUAGAGCACACGCCUCCAAGGAUGACAUGGACUUGCCCUCGCCCCGAGGUUUCAGAGAUUUCCAGCUCCUGACAUUCAGGAAGCGAGGGCUGUUGAAUCCCUCUGCCCACCAGGAAAAGACACAGCAGCACACAGAAGAGGCACUGAAAGAGCUGUUCUGCCAUGUCCACAAUAUGCCAGAUUCCACCAAGAAAAAGAAGCUGAUUCAACAGUUUCAGAAGCACUCUGAAGCUCUCACUCCAGGGCCAGAUACACCCAUUCCUCAGAAGCGCACUCGUACCCGUUCUUUCAGUGGCCUCAUUAAGCGUAAGGUGCUGGGGAGUCAACUGUCCUUGGACAAAAAAGGGAAGGAUACUGUUUUGGAGCUUGCAGGCACCAAGGAUCCAAAGCACGGCAGUAAGGAGAAUGUGAACAUGUUACAGAAAUCUAGUUCCUCUCCAACAAUCAACAUGAUUCGAGCAAGACUGAGGUCCUUUGAGCACAGGAAAGAGGACUCCUGUAAACAUACUCGAUUUCAUGGGUGUUCAGCAGAGGAAUCUUCCAUUUGAAUAUGGAACUUGAUGACUUAUAUGUGUAGCAAAGAUUUGCAAACCUGUGAAUAAUGCCUGCUCCCCCAAGCUUGUGAGCAAAUGUCUAUUCCAGAGCUCCCUGAUCCCUAUAACUCUCCGUACUGGAGCCUGGCCAACUACUGGAUGUCGGCUAGAACAAGACUUUCUUCUACUGAGCAUGGAGGAGAAAACCACUAUCUGACUACCUGUUUGAACUGUAACUGUGCUGGACAGAAUAUGCAUUGUGGCUUCUCUUUGGAGAGGCUGUUGCGAUGUUCCUUGUCCUCUCUUUCACCACUUUGGGUCUGAAGGUUUAUGCCUUCCUGUUUCUUGGUGGCUUGUUUGUCACUGUGCUUUUAAUGCUUGCUGUUUAUCUCUCAAUUCCUAUUAACAUCCACAAUGGAGUUGGGUUUUCAGCCCUUCUUGGCAGCUAUACUUAUUUUUUUUUAAUGAAAGUCUAUCUAUUGUGGUUGUUGAUGGGGUUGGAGAAACAGCUGUUCUUUCAGCCAUCUCUCACAGAUUGCAUAGUUUGCCCUUGGCCCUAAUCUGGUUGCAAUAAUCCCAGAGUCUUGAGCGUGCAUGUGUUUGUGUGUAUCAUAGCUACUCUCAUUUAGACAUCUUGGACCACAAUACGACUGUGGUGGGAAACAACUUCUACAGACUGUUUUCUUGGUUUCGUUUUAGCAUGUGCUGUGAAUCACCUGCAAAGUGGUUACAUCUUUUAAAGAAUUCUUUCUCUGCUCAAAGUGCUUCUGUCACAUCCACAUGCCUCCAUUGUGCUUUCAUCAGUACCGGAGGCACAGUAUUGGCUGAAGGGCUGCCUGAUGGAAUCUCUCUUGCUGCUUCCUACCUGUCGUCUUCACACUGGCUGUCACCCAGGCUUUGGCAUGUGUUCCUCAGGCAGGCCAAGGAGCUGAUGGUUUAAUGGCUUUAACAAAGUACUGGAAGAGCAUUAAAAGAAAGGAGCUUGUUAAUGGGGAAGGAUGCUUUGUCUCCCUCUGGGAAGGAGAAAAAACUGUUGAAAAAAAUUGUUUCCUUUUUUCCUGUCGCCAAGAAAAGCAGGCAAGUAGGAAGGUUUUGCAGUCUUGUGAUUGGAUGGAAGGCAUUGGAUGGAGUAGCACUAUGGCAGAGAUCUGAAGCUGCCAAGUUUCCCCUUUUUCUUAAGGGAGUGGGAGUUAUCGAGGUGAAUAUCCCUACUGUGGCAGCAUGCAACCUUCAGUACUGUUCAGGUGACAAAUGGCAAAGACUGUAGAAAUGAAGAAAUGACUUGGUGUGGUUUAAUACCAUUUUUCUCCAUCCCUGGGAGGUUCCAUUUGUCUAAGUUGCAGGAGGAUUCGGCUCAAUGUCUACUAUGUUCUUGUGAAAACAGCAAAUAUAUGGAUUCCUUAAACAAGGGGUGAGUGUGUGUGUGUGAGAGAGAGAGAGCGAAGAGACAGACUUCAAAGGCUGGAUCAAGAACAUGUUCAAUAUUUUUUUCUAUGUACAGAAUAGGAAUGCAGUAUCUCUGAUUCCUAAAAACAGUGAGUGAGGGACAGAGAGCGCAGCAGGGAACUUCUAAUGCACUGAGGUCAUCAGAAUGACUGAGGAGAUAGUGACAAUAAGCAUGUGCAGGAGUGGUGUGGUGUUCCAAUUUUGUGAAUGAAAGUAGCUUAAGCCAAAAAUUGUUCUCCUCUAGGCACACUGAUGUGUGUGUGUUGGGGGGGGGGCAUUUCAAGACUCACAAGAAUCUAAUAGGAAGGUGCAAAACCUUUUCUUACAAAUCCAGCCAGCAUUUCUGAUGCUUUCUUGAAAGAAACAAGAGCUAGCCUUACUCAUGCACGGAGAACAUGUUCUGAUUGCGCUGAAGCAGAGGCACCUUUACAAGGAGAUCAUUUGAUGCCUCAAGGAGAGGCAGAUGCAAAUGAUGUAGACUUUGUGCUUAAAGAGGUGGGCAGGCUACAGAAAUCCACUAGCGAAAAUUGCAUGUGUCCUUUUCUCCCACUUACUUGAUGUAACAGUCUCAGAAUGGCUCUCUGGACCUGGAAGUAAUAAUCUCUGUUCUCAAACCCAGUGUGAGGCUGAAUGGAAACUUGAAAUUCUUGUAAAUAGGCCCUCUAAAAAUGGUUACCUGCAUUCCCAUGAUUCUUGAUCCAGCUAAAACUGUCCCAGGAACUCUGUGAACAAUAGGAAAAUUUUAUAAAGCCACUUGCUCCCAUAUCUGUUGAAGAGGUCGUUCUGAUUUUAGCAACAUUGGAAGUGAAAGUCACUCCAGCACUUUUAGGCAUAUCAUGUCUUUUGCAGCUCCUGAACAUGGAGCUGCUUCCCAGAGCUUUAAUGUUCUGUUUGUUUCAUUUUAUUGUCUGUAACUCCUGUUUUUCUGUUCAAUGUAUAUAAUGUGUUUUCUUGGUAUAUUGCCCUCUCUGUUAAUGUGAAAUUCCUGUGUUAAAUACUGUUUGGUAUUUGUGGCUUGUAAACAGCCUCUUGAAUUUUUUUAUUUUUAAAAGAAUGGGCCUCUACUGUGAGAAAUGAGAGUCUGCUACCAUAUGUUGGCUUGAAAAGGAUUUUCAUCUGGAACAUAACUUGGCUUGGCCAAGGAAGCUUCUGUAUUUCAGGCAGGAAAAUAGGGUCAUGCAAUCUAGGCCUCUCUGCAUUUGUGUGUUUUGAAUUUGAACAACUGCAGGAGAUGCUGAAAUUUACCAAGGGCUCUUAACCUGCUUAGUAGCAAUGCAUCCCAUAGACAUUUCUUGAUAUUGGGGGUGUUGAUGUCACACUUGUUCUACCUUAACAAGCAUCUUUACUAAGGAUGUCCUUCAUUUUCUAUGUAUCACAGAUUGAGAACUAGAAACGUUACAGCCAUAAGCCAAAACUUAGGGGAAAUUAAGCUCUCUUUUUUAUUCCAGCCAGAAACGCAGUUACGGUAACUACCCUCAAUUUCUUUUACUAGCUGAGGCCUAGGUGGUAGUGUUCUCACAGCAGUUGUGCUGUUUUGCAAUAAUUGCUAUGAGAAUGCUAUUGUUUUUAAUAAAGCAGCUUAAUUAAAAGAGGCUGAACAACAAGAAUGGAUCUCUAGCUAAUUGUUACCCUUGAUCUUUCAUAGGGCAAGCUAUGCUUUGCUUGACUGUUUUUGUUGCUAGAUCAACAGUUCUUGGCUCCUGUGAUGAAUUAGUUCCUAGUUUCAAUUGCAACAAGAUGGUUAGGGAUGUUACAUCCUCGCAGUGAAUUAACUGGAACAUUUAAAUAUAGAAUAAAGACCAUAGAUCCAUGUUGGCCAAGACAAAAGUAAUGAAGUGAAACAAAGCUUAUGGUGCAUAUGUUGUAUCAGCAUAUUAUAGCUGGCCAGCCCUUCUCUGUUACGAUGCAUAAUGGUUUUGUGCAAGGGUCCCUGCUCAUGGAUGAACUUUGGCAGGAAAAGGAUUUACUUAGUGCUUCCUUCAAGAAACUCAGGACUGUGUACGUUAUUCGCCUCUCCAUUUUAUUCUUACCAGAACCCUAUGAGAUAGGUUAGCCUAAGAGAAUGACCGGUCCAAGGUCACCAAGUAAAUUACUUAACAAGUAGGGGCUUGUACCCUGAUCUUCCUGGUUCUAGUUCAGUGCUCUAACCACAGCACACCAUUGGCUCUCAGUUGAAUAGAUUUCCCAAAAGAUCCCACCAUGAAGCUGCAUUGCACACAAGGUCACAGUGUGUAAUUUUCGAAGUCUGUUUUUCAGUAUUUUAUCAUUAUGAAUAGAGUUUUCAGGCUAUAUAAAGUCAAGAUAAUUUCCUAAUUGAUAUGAAAUUGACAGGA